CGUGAACUUUUAUGUCAGAAAAUGGAUGUGUUUACAAGACUACAAAUAGCUACGCACAUACACGGAAGUCCUUAUCGUGAUCUGGGAAUUUCAACACAUGAUAAAAAACGUUGAUUUUUACUCUACCUGUUGUGCAUUUAGUUAUUGAAUUUCUGUUCUCACAGGUACCGAUACCAGUAAUACAGAUGAACUACGACAAUGAGUUACAAAUUGUUGCCGGCCACAAGGUGUAAAGAAAUACAGGUUACACAAUCGAAAAUACGUAAAGAUGAUUUAAGUGAGAUUUAUAGCACUGUUAGACGAUCAGUAUACGUAGCUGCUAAAGGACACGACAAUAGCUUACCAGGUCUCGUUUUAGCAGUAAUCGGUGACUCGGAGAGUUAUGUUCCAAAACCAUGGAAUACAACAGCCUUUACAUCUGGACUUUUGCAGUGUAUUCAAGGAGUCAAAAAGAGUUGGGUUGUUUACCGUGGCAACAAAGACGGUGUUAGCGCACUGAUACAUAAUGCAUUCAGAGAAACCGCAGACACCAACUCAGAAACAUUAGGAAGAGCUACAUUUAGUGAAAAGAUUGAAGGAAACACAUUAAUUGCAAUACGACCAUGGACAAAAAUGGAUGAGGAAGGAGCAAACAAAGUCAAAGAAUCUGAUUUGCUUCUCACUCUCAGACCAGUCUUCAGCGAUGUUCAGAAACAAAGGAAAUACAGAUGGUUCAACCGAUACUUGUCCCAUUUUUGAAGACCUUUUCAGAAGAGUAUACCCCAUUAUUAUCAAAGGAGAAAGGACGAGAGGGAGAACUAGCUUUGAUUAAUAUGAGA